GGAUGUGCAGGAGGUGGGGCUGAGCAGUCUGCAGCAGCUGUUCCUGCAGAGGUGGGGGGUGACGAUGUCCAGGACGGGUCAGGGCGGAGGAGCUGCAGGCAGGAAGUUGUACCUGAAGACAAGAGAGCUUCUGAAGCCGGCCAAGAGCUGUUGGAGGAGAAGAAGGCGCGGCACAGUGUGGGAGUUCAGUCAGAGUGGAGACAUGCUGCCACACAGCAAGGGAGGAGGAGGAGGUAACACACAGCAUGGAAGGAGGAGGACGAUGCAUCAGUUUAAACAGGAAAGUCUCCCGGUUAGCAGGGCUCACAGGGCGACGGCCAAAUCAACAUCGGUUUCCUUUUCUUCCACUCCCAUGCAAUUCUACAACAUUCAUACCUUAUUGGACUCCGGUCCCAUCCUACAGCCUUCUCCGUCUCCCGUCCUGCUGUCAUCUGCAGCCUCCUACAUGCCUCCAGCAUCGUCCCUCCUCCACACCACCUCCCUUCCUAAUUCGGCACCUCCACCCCACGAGGACCAGCCCGAGCACAUUGAUCGUCUUCUGGAGGAAGUGAUGAUGGGACUCGACAUUUUACCAAACAACAACAACAACAGCAACAGUGGUGCUCCACAUUGUCAGCCUCCUCUGCCACCCAGUAGCAGCAGUUGUACCUGUGCCUCCUCUGGGAAUAAUUUGGCCCAAAACAAACAAAAAAGCUGUACCACUGGCCUCCUGGAAGCAGGUCCAGGUUUUCAUCGGUCUACGCAGGUUGUUGCUGUAGCAAGAGGAGCCAGUGGUUCCACUUCUGCAAAUCAUGAGAUACCCAAUCUGCAGCAGCAGGGAGAGGGAGAGCUGAACAAGAUGCUGGACCGCUUCCUCCAGUCAUUUGAGCAACACAUUGACAGCUUUAGUGCCAGGGAAGAGGAAGAUAUGGUUGGUGACAGCUCCGCAGAGGCUAGAAAGCCUUACACAGUCCAGAGCAAAUACAGAAAAACCAAGACCCAGAUCAUAACCGCUCAUUCUCCUCAUCUACAGAAUACACGCAUAUUCCAUCCAGUCAUAGACUCUCAAACAACUGAAUUGCGAUUGAUUGAUAAAGCUGAAACACUGCCAAGCCGUUCACAGCCACACAGUGCCGUUCCACCAAAACAUGCUGAGGGAACACCGGGAAGAGUCGAAGCACCAGCCAAACAACCAAACAAGAGAAGAAAAAAAAAAUAUCUGUCCUCAUUAGAGAAAAAGAGGGUGAGGGUGAGGAAUCCAGUGUCAACAAGUGACCGAGAGGAUAAACAGCUCCAGCAGAUGCCUGUGGUGAAACUGGAGAGGAGUGGCCCACUGCCAGUCAGAGUUACACUGCAGGGACACAACUGUCAAAGUCUGGAAGUCAAGAGCACUGCAAAAAUAAAGACCAGUUCAUCAUCAGUGAAAUACCCUUGUGGCAGCUUCUCUGAAGAGAAUCAGCCAGUGGGGGGGGGCACAAAGAUCUACCCAAUCAGGAGUAGGUUUAGGGAAGCAAAUAUGGAUAGUUUGCUCUCUCUUGAGGAGCCACUUGUAGACAAACGAUCCCCAUCAGCAGGCCAACCGGGUUCCAGGCGAGGCAGGACCAAGAAAAAUAGACAGCUUCUCAGUUUAUCUAAUGGUGGGACUACACCUCCACCAACUCAGCUGCAACAUGUGGAGCCCUGUGGCACGAAUGAACAACUAGAGAAAAAUCAAGAGGGACAUGAGAAAGGAUUGACUGUCCAGCCACAGGAAGAGGCAGAGGGACCUACAGGGAGGGGAAAGAAGAGGGGAGCAGAGUCACGGGAGGAGACAAGCGAUGAAGCCACUGUGGCCAAAAGGGUUUGCUUUGGGCAAAUGGCACAGCCGACGUCUGAAACAUGCAUACCCAGCUCUGAAUCUGCAGACUUUGUCUCUGAACAAGCUACCACAGAGACAGAGGACGAGAUCGAUGUAGAGACUCUUUCGCUGACCAGUGAAGGAGACCGUUUGCAAAGAGAGGAACGAGAAGAAAAAACACUGCGUAACGAAAUCAUACUCGAGGAAACAGAGGAAAGUUUGAUGGAUGAAGAAAUGCAGGGCAGCGGGGAUGAGAUAAUUGAUGUGGAUGGAGACACCGACGGAAGAAAGGACCUGGAGAAACAUACAGAUGACUACCGGGAGGAAGACCGCUUCCAGAGCAGAACAGCACCAUCUCUGUUACAUUUUGUUUCACCUCCUUCACACUCAGAAAAAGGGGCCAGUGUGGACUCGACAGGAAGUUGGGAAGAGGAGGACAUUGAUGUGAUUGGUGGCUCCAGCCCCGUCCCUGAUCCUGUGGUCAUCAGCUGGACAGAGUCUUCAGAAGGUGAGGAACAGGAAGGAGAUGAGGAUGUUGAUGUGGUUGGAGAAAAGAAAGACUACACUUCAUCGGUGAUCAAUGCUACUAUAAAUAAAGGUGAGCUUGUUAACAGAAAAUGUCAGACUGAGGUGCUCUUACAUUAGCAUAUGUGAAGUCCCACCCAGCACUCUUGCAUUUCUCAGAAAAUGUUCCUGAAUUUGUUUCAUUUAGCUGUGAGUUUAAGGGGCAGAUAGCGAAAUGAAUAGCGACAGAGAUCAAGACUAACAUAGUUUCAACAUAAAUGUUAGUUACUAGCGAUGUCCUAUGUGUAUUCUAUGUUUGUUGUGUUCAUCUGACAAUCACGAGAGUGAUUUUUUUUUUUCCUAGAGAAGAGAAGCUGAAAAUCUGCUAAAUGUUCAGGUUGAAAGACAGAUCAAUUUGCUGAAAAAUUAAAAAGAAAAAGAUUUGCACCAUUGUGCAUAAAGAUACUAAACUGAUCACAACAAAACAAGAACUGUAUAGUUUGUGUGCACAUUUUUAGUUUCUGCUCUUGAGUUGAGUAUACAGACUUAAAAACUGUCAAAGGUGACUGGGAUUGUUCAUUUUUUAUACUUUGUACAUAUAUAGCCAUUGAUUUGAUGUAAGGAGUUAGAAGAUUGUUGCUGCUAGGUUCAGUAAUUUGUUACCGUUACACAGAUAUGUUUAGAAAAGUUUGUUUUAACUGUCAAGUGUCGUAAACAACACUAACCAGUUUAGAAACAGAUUCACUAAAAAAAAAAAUCUGGUUUAUCUACUGUCGGAGGAAUCAAGAGUGUUUUAUUAGUACGACUAUAACUGUAUUAGUUGUAAAUAUAAUUGAUAAUGUCAGCAUUUGUUCUGCCACAGUUUGUAAAUGUGCCAGGAAAACUUAUCUUCUUUGUUUUACUGUCAAGUUAUGUUUGACAAUGCUCCCCGUGGCACUUUUGAA